AUGGCCGUCCGACACGCCAGUUUAGACGAAUUAGAGCGCCGCCGACUCGAGCUUGAAGGAAACAUUCAAAUCCUCCGCAAAUCCCUCUACGACUGGCGGCUCCGUGAAGCUGAGUAUGACGGACUCAAGGAUGAAAUAAAGAACCUACAGCAUGACUGCACGAGCGCCGAAAUCCUCCAAGUUGGUCUUGAAUAUGAGGGAACUGUUGUUGACGAGAAGGAAGUCAGGGAUAUUAUUGGCGAAAAACAAAACAUCAUGCGAUCCAGAGAUCAGGUCGUUUCGCAGAUCACUCGACGACUAGACUAUGUCAAGCAAAAUGUUGCUUCGUUAGAGAAACGACUAUCAGCUGCCGAGGCAGAGCUGGAUAGGUUAUUUUCUGUCGAACGCCCUGGUCCCAACGCCGCAACGGAGGAGUACGCCGUGACUGAGAUAUUCGAAGAACUAGAUGAGAAUGGAGAGGUUAUUUCUAGCAAGGUCUCGAAUCCCGCUGAUCGCGCCCCUGAGAUUAUGGAUAUGCUCAAGAAAGCCGGCGUAGAGGUUCCGCAAGGACAGGAGCCUGAAAAGAAAAAAGAUGACAAAGCGAAUGCAAAGGAAGAUGGCGACGCACAGAUUUUUGAUCAAGUUGCGCAUACACCUCCACAGAAUACGAGCAAUGCGGAUAUUACGGCCAACCAGGAACAAUCUAAGCCAGCCUCUACUGAAAUGGUCGUUCCUGCUGUUGCGGACUCCAUCACCGAUGGUUUCGAUGAUUCAGACUCCGAGCCGCCUGUCUUGGAGGUGAACGAAUCUCCCGAAGACGCAAAACUCCGCCGUGAGAUGCUUGAAUACAGUUUCCACGAAGUAGGAAAGGUUGUCGCUGAGCUCGAAAUGGACGAAGAAGGCAGCGACAUAUCUAUUGAUGAAGACUAUGAAUAUGAUGACGAUGAUGACUACGAAGAGGACGAAGACGACGAGUACGGACGUACAACGACAAAAGUUUUGACGGAUGAAUAUCAUCAACAGAUGAAGGAGUUGGAAGAGAGGCUCAAGGCUGGAGGGUUUAUCAACUUGGGUCCUGCUGGGAACGUUGAGGCGGAAGCGAAGGAAACAGCAGAAGCGGCAUCACGCGGAGGUGUUUUGAAAGUAACGGCUAUUAAAAGAGAUGCAAACAACGACACAACUCCUGAGGAGACUAACAAGCCUAAAAAGAGAGUUGCUUUUGCCGAAGAAUUGGAUAUUGCGCCAGAGUCGAAACGACCGGCCGCUCCAGCAGCAAAGGUUGAGCGAAAGAUUGAUGCUGUCAAAUCGGAGGUCGCCCCUCUUUCAGAGUCCAUUGUUGAGCGCUCUGCAUCGAAACCAAGCACAGCUAGUAGUAAAGAUACUACAGACACGGGCUUUACAAAGAAGACCUCGAGAUUCAAAUCUGCCAGGAAAGAUGGCACCCCAACACCAGGCGAUUCGACCACAGCUGGUAUCAGCCCCGAUCCCCAAGCGUCGAUUCUUAAAAAAUCAGAUCAGCCACCCGCCCCUUCAUCUAUUUCUCUCUUCCCUGCCAAACCCGAAGGACCAAAACCAUUCUCUCAGCCCAUCAUUGCUGGCGAUGUAUUUGCUUCUGCUUCAGCUAUCAAAUCUUCAAUGAACCGCGAAGCCCAACCACCCGAAGGCAAAAUCACCGCCGAAACACUCGUCGAGCGACCCGUCAGCGAAAAAACAAGCGUCCUGCCACCAGACCCAGACGAAAUAGACGAAGAGAUCCACCGCAAAGAAGUAGCUACUGAAUUCUAUCGUCGGAGGAACCUCAAGAUUCAGCAAAGUGGUGGCUUCUUGAAGGAUGACGAUGAGGACGAUGAAGCGGCUCAGCUAUAUGAGUUGGAUGAGAAUGAUCAGCCCAAGAGGAAGGUUAGUAAGUUUAAGGCUGCACGGUUGCGGUCUUGA